CUGGCGUCCAGUUGCCAGGAGCUGUCUCGGGCACAGAAUGAUGGCCGGGGUGCAGGGUCCUCGUGGCCUGCUCGCAACGCCUAUGGACACGGAGGACAUGGCAGAUAAGAACGGCUCCCUGAAGAGCACCUUCUCGGCGCCCGGCCACAGCACCAGCCUCCUGCAGGGCCUGGCCACCCUCCGCGCGCAGGGCCAGCUCCUGGACGUUGUCCUGACCAUCAACACAGAGGCCUUCCACGCGCACAAGGUGGUCCUGGCAGCCUGCAGCGACUACUUCAGGGCCAUGUUCACCGGCGGCAUGCGGGAGGCGAGCCAGGACGUGAUUGAGCUGAAGGGCGUGUCGGCGCGCGGCCUGCGGCACAUCAUCGACUUCGCGUACAGCGCCGAGGUGACACUGGACCUGGGCUGCGUGCAGGACGUGCUGGGCGCCGCCGUGUUCCUGCAGAUGCUGCCCGUGGUGGAGCUGUGCGAGGAGUUCCUGAAGGCGGCCAUGAGCGUGGAGACGUGCCUGCACAUCGGCCAGAUGGCCACCACCUUCAGCCUGGCCUCGCUGCGCGAGUCGGUGGACGCCUUCACCUUCCGCCACUUCUUGCAGAUCGCGCAGGAGGACGACUUCCUGCGGCUGCCCCUGGAGCGCCUCGUCUUCUUCCUGCAGAGCAACCAGCUGCAGAGCUGCCCGGAGAUCGAGCUGUUCCGCGCCGCCGUGCGCUGGCUGCAGCACGACCCCGCGCGCCGGCCGCGCGCCAGCCAUGUGCUCUGCCACAUCCGCUUCCCGCUCAUGCAGGCCUCGGAGCUGGUGGACAGCGUGCAAACCCUGGACCUCAUGGUGGAGGACGUGCUGUGCCGCCAGUACCUGCUGGAGGCCUUCAACUACCAGGUGCUGCCCUUCCGCCAGCACGAGCUGCAGUCGCCGCGCACCGCCGUGCGCUCCGAUGUGCCCUCGCUCGUCACCUUCGGCGGCACCCCCUACACCGACAGCGACCGCUCGGUCAGCAGCAAGGUGUAUCAGCUGCCCGAGCCGGGCGCCCGCCACUUCCGUGAGCUCACCGAGAUGGAGGUGGGCUGCAGCCACACGUGCGUGGCCGUGCUGGAUAACUUCGUGUACGUGGCCGGGGGCCAGCACCUGCAGUACCGCAGCGGCGAGGGCGCGGUGGACGCCUGCUAUCGCUACGACCCCUACCUCAACCGCUGGCUGCGCCUGCAGGCCAUGCAGGAGAGCCGCAUCCAGUUCCAGCUGAACGUGCUGGGCGGCCUGGUGUACGCCACGGGCGGCCGCAACCGCGCGGGGAGCCUGGCCUCGGUGGAGCGCUACUGCCCGCGCCGCAACGAGUGGGGCUACGCGUGCUCGCUCAAGCGGCGCACCUGGGGCCACGCGGGCGCCACGGCCGGCGGCCGCCUCUACAUCUCGGGGGGCUACGGCGUUUCGGUGGAGGACAAGAAGGCCCUGCACUGCUACGACCCCGCCGCUGACCAGUGGGAGUUCAAGGCGCCCAUGAGCGAACCGCGCGUGCUGCACGCCAUGGUGGGGACCGGCGGCCGCAUCUACGCGCUGGGCGGCCGCAUGGACCACGUGGAUCGCUGCUUCGACGUGCUGGCCGUCGAGUACUACGUGCCAGAGACGGACCAGUGGACCAGCGUGAGCCCCAUGCGGGCCGGCCAGUCGGAGGCCGGCUGCUGCCUGCUGGAACACAAGAUCUACGUCGUGGGCGGUUACAACUGGCGCCUCAACAAUGUCACGGGCAUUGUGCAGGUGUACAACACGGAGACGGACGAGUGGGAGCGGGACCUGCACUUCCCCGAGUCCUUCGCGGGCGUCGCCUGCGCCCCUGUCCUGCUGCCCCGGGCUGGGACCAGGAGGUAGCUUCCAGAAGC